AUGAGCUCACAAACAGAGUGUGUUCAAUUGUUGCUCGAAUCUUUCCCCCAACGUCCAUUCGAUCAGAAACUGCUGCAUGAACUAGUAGGAAAUGAGGUCAAGAAGUUCCAAGGCAAGUCUUCUGCAGACAACGUCAAAAGUCAAUGGGAGUUUCUCCUUAAGAAUGAGGUGUUCACCUUAGCGGCAACUGAGGGUAGUGCAUUGAAGUGCGACAGUGCAUUGUACUAUAAUGGUCUCCGCGACAGACUCGACUUGGUGUUGACAUUCACUGAACACGAUGUAUGCGAGGCAACGUUCCCUUUUACUGUUCUUCAGGAUCUUCUCGAGACACAAACUAUCACAUCUUGCUCACAAAUAUUCUCUUGGAUCGAGUCAAGUGCCUCUCGGCUCACCAAGGACAUGGUCCCGCAAAAGGGCAAGGCACUUAUACUACUGCGCACUCUCAAUGAUCUUCUCCGCCGUCUCUCAAAAAUGGGUUCUACCACGAUAUUUUGCGGUCGUAUAUUGACCUUUCUGAGUGGCGUUUUCCCUCUGGGUGAAAGAAGUGGUGUCAAUUUGCGAGGAGAGUACGGACCUACGUGGGAAGGUGUGAAGGACGUCGAGAAAAAGGAUGAACAUGUGGAGACAGUCGGGGGCCCUGAAAACAGCCAGAAAAUGGAGGUAGACGGUGGAAAGAAGGAACUUGCAGAUCCCAAAGACAAGGACGGUUUCUACACCACGUUCUGGUCCCUGCAACUGCCUUUCUCCCGACCCCCAUUGUUUGCCCUUCCCAAUACAUUCGGAGAAUUCAAGGACGCUGUGGAUAAGGUUCUGCCUGUUAUCAAGGAGGCGACCACGAAGGAGCGCGCCAUGAUGGGCAAUAGAGGUACCAGUGGUACAAGCAGCAACCUAAAACGCAAACGAGAACCAGAGUUGGGCGAUGCAAGCAAUAAUAGCGAAUACUUCUUCGCAAAGUUCUUGACAAGUCCAGACCUUCUUAAUUUAGAGAUUGCAGACACCCAUUUUCGUCGACAAGUCCUGUUCCAACUCCUCAUCCUCCUUCACCAUCUGUUAUCGUUCACUAAAGUCACAAAGGCUGUGUGGUCCACGCCAAGGAACAGAUCUCUCCAAAUGGACUUCACGCUUGAAUCUACAGAUGCCCAGUGGGUCCAUGACACCAUCGCAAAGGUAUCCGCAGAGCUGCGGUCCACUGCUCCAAACGGUCCUACAUUUGCGGACACUGUGAAUGUUAUUCUUGAUCGGGAAAAGAACUGGGUGAAGUGGAAGAAUGACCUUUGCGCACCUUUUGAUAGGGAACCAUGGUCAGCUGAAGCAGAUGGCAGAAAGUUAGGGAUGGAGGAGGCUACCAGGGAAGCUCGAUCAAAUAGAAAGAAGGCUCCCGAGCCGUGGAAGUGGAACCUAGGAUCUGAGUCGCUGACUGAGAUAUGGGAGAUGGGGUACAGGGAUUUGUCUGACCUGCAGAAUCCAUUUCAGCCGGGUGAUGUUAAGGAUUUCGUGAAGAAAGUCAAGCAAGAAGACGCUCGUAUUGAAAUGCGGAGAAAGCAGCUUGCGAAGAAUGCUGAACGCUUAGCUCAGGCGCGAGCCAAGGCAGCUGCUUCGCAAGAGUCCACUGCACGGCAAGAGACACCAGCUCCCGCAUCCGCACCAACAGAACCACCCAAAGUGGAGCCACCAGUAGCUUCGUUCCCUGCUUUGUUAUCGGCACCCAGUAUCUCCAGCUCGCCCUUGCAUCCAUCUCUACCCCCAAAACCUGGUUCAUCACCAGUAAAGUCAUUCCUAGAAACAGGCGCAUCAAGUCCUGCCCGUCCUCCAAUCACUCUCGCACCACCGUCCUCGACGAUAGCAGCACCCACACCAAUUCCUCCAGCUGUGGCCUCGGUCUCAGAAACGUCCUCCGUCAUUGUUCCACCACUUGCCUCUUCUCUUACUGAUGAUCAGAUUGCUCGAUAUGAAGAGAACAGACAACGUUGGUCAUGGCUUGCAUUGCGUACAGCACGAGAUCAAUAUCUGCAGCAUUUUGGCAAGAUCGGUACGGGAGACGUUGUUUUACUUGCCAAUGAGAUAGAGAUAGAGAAGGAACGAGAAAAGAAUCAAAAGACGCAGAAGGCCGAAGAGAUGGCUCAUAUUUUGUCAUUACAGCGUGUCCUGGUGACUGGUGGAGCUGGCUACAUUGGCUCACAUGUAAUCUACGCUCUACAGCAGACAAGAAGAUACAAAGUCAUCUCUCUCGACAACUACCACAACUCAUUCCCUGCAUCGCUCACUCAUGUAGCCCAGAUUGCGCGAGACACACUUCCCGAAAACCCGUCGGAGGCAGACAAGGAGAGCACAGAAAUUGAUGUAUUCCAGUGCGACUUGACUAGCCCACAGCAAAUAAAAGACAUCUUUGAACGCUAUGGCAAGGGUGGAAUAUGGGGUGUCGUUCACAUUGCUGCGUACAAAGCGGUCGGCGAGUCUGUUGAGAUUCCCUUGACAUACUACGCAAACAACGUUGCUGCUACCGUGUCGUUGCUGCAGACCAUGUCAGAUUUCGACUGCACUCGCAUUGUCUAUUCAUCUUCUGCUACUGUCUACGGCACGCCCCCUGUGAUCCCAAUUCCCGAGACGACGCGUCUCAAAGCAGACAGCCCUUACGGCAAAACAAAAGUCAUGUCUGAGAUGGUUAUCGAUGAUUUGUGCCACGCUGAACCGAAUAGAUGGCGUGCCAUCUCGCUUCGCUACUUCAAUCCUGCAGGCGCGCAUCCCUCGGGAUUGAUAGGCGAGGACCCACGCGGUCGGCCAGGGAACUUGUUGCCUUUGCUAGCACAUAUGGCCAUUGGGCGCGUAGACGCUGCCACUCUGAAAGUGUUCGGAAAUGAUUACCCCACUCCGGAUGGUACCUGCGUUAGAGACUACCUCCACGUGCUUGAUUUGGCUUCUGGACACUUGCUUGCUCUCGACGCACUCGAGCCUGCAUCUACUAUCUUCGAUAACUGCCCUGACGAUGCGCGCUACAAGGCUUACAAUUUAGGGAAAGGAAAGGGUAUGAGUGUUCUUCAAAUUGUUGAGGCGAUGCGCAAGGCUACAGGAUUCGAUUUCAAAUAUGAGGUCAUUGGGAGACGCCGCGGUGAUGUUCCUGAUCUUACUGCGGAUCCUGCGCUGGCCGAAAGGGAACUGGGCUUCAAGGCACCGCAGCCUCUGGAGGUUAUGUGCCGAGAUUUAUGGAACUGGCAGUCGAUGAACCCUCAAGGAUAUACCCAACAGUAA